AUGGAGCCAGGAGCCGACUCGAAAGGGGGCGGCGCCCCCGCAGCCCCCGAGGACACCCAGAUUCCAGCCCAGCCCCCGCACCCUGAGCUCCCGCGGCUCCCGCGCCGCCCGCAGCUGCUGGACGAGGAGGGUCCCAGCGAGGCCGGGGCCGCCGGAGCUGACGGCAGCUGCACCCCCAGCCCAGAAGAGCCCCUGGGGGAGACCUCAGCCACACUCCCUGCCCAGACCUCCAGUGAGGCCAGGCUGGGGCCCAAGCUAGUGGCCGGCGGGGUCCCCAACAUUGGCUUCGUGGGGGAGCCACCCCCUUAUACGCCACCGGACCCCAAGGCCAUGCACAUGCUGUACCCGCCUUUCCCGCCUGCGCCCCUGCUCUUCCAGCCGGCGCCCGCACCCCAGGCCCUGUACCCGCCGCCCGCGCCCCUCUACCCCACGGCCACCCCGCAGCCCCUCUUCGCGCCCUUCCCUAUGUACAACAGCCCCGUGGGCGGGGCACCGGCCCCCACCCCGGCGGAGCACAGGCCCCUGCCCAGGGACUACAUGGUGGAGUCGGUGCUGGUGACCCUCUUCUGCUGCCUGCCCUCCGGGCUCAUCGCCGUCGUCUACGCCCACGAGACCCGCGCGGCGCUGAGCAGGGGUGCCCUGGCCCAGGCCGAGGAGGCCUCCCGCAAGGCCCGCUCGCUCGUGUUCUUCAGCCUGCUCUUCGGGGUCUUCGUGUCCACCAGCUGGGUCGUCUACGUGCUGGUGGCCCUCUACCUGCCCUGA